ACAAUGGGAAUGCAAAAUUGUUAAAGCAUAUCAUGAAGCACUUUCCUUUUUUUUUUUUUUUCUCUUUCUUUUACUUGUCUUCGUCUGUGUAUUAUAUAUGUAGAGACGAACAUAGAGAGAAAGUGUGUUUCUCCUUCUCUCCGGGAUUCUUUGAUCAUAUCUAUAGUUCUAAAUAUACCUAAUUCUUUUUCGAUUAGCUUCUCAACGGCACGUUUUAAAAAAUGAGAAGCGAUGACUAUUCCGACUCCGAAAGCAUAGCCAGCGACCGCACUGCCUUUAGCGGGCCUCUAGGAGGACCUCCACUAAACAAAAAGAGAUCUUCCAAGAAGAGUGCCAGGCUCAAUAUUCCUCCUGAAACCACCACCACUUACAGUAACGCUGAUGAAGAUCCCUCCUCCUAUGUUGAGAUUACCCUUGACAUUCGUGAUGACUCCGUCGCCGUCCACAGCGUUCACCCAGCCAACGAGGACCCUGAAUUCGCUUUGCUUGCCAAGAAGACUCUUGAGAACAAAACAUCUUCGUUCCGAGCCUCCUUGUUUCGUAACACUUCCUCCCAUAUCAAACAGGUAUCGCAAGAGCUCAAACGUUUUGCUUCCCUCUCAAGGAGGCCUUCUGCUGCUAGACGAUUUGAUAGGACCAAGUCAGCCGCCGCUCAUGCGUUGAAGGGCCUCAAAUUCAUCGCAGCAAAAACUGGAGCCUCUGGAAAUGGAUGGCCCGCAGUUGAGAAGAGAUUUCAGGAACUUACGGCCUCCACCAACGGCCUUCUUCACUGUUCCUCAUUCGGAGAAUGCAUAGGCAUGAACAAGGAAUCAAAGGAAUUUGCCGGGGAAUUGUUUCGCGCACUUGCUCGGAGGCAUAACAUAAAUGGUGAUUCCAUUAACAAGUCGCAGCUUAAAGAGUUCUGGGAUCAGAUCUCAAAUGAAAGCUUCGAUUCUAGACUCCAAAUCUUCUUUGACAUGGUGGAUAGAGAUGCUGAUGGAAGAAUCACAGAAGAAGAAGUAACAGAGAUCAUAAGCUUAAGUGCUUCUGCAAACAAACUCUCCAACAUUCAGAAACAAGCCAAGGAGUAUGCAGCCUUAAUUAUGGAAGAAUUAGACCCAGAUAACGCUGGAUACAUCAUGAUUUAUAACCUGGAAACACUGUUAUUGCAAGCUCCCAACCAAUCCGUCAGGGUUGGAGAUAGCCGAGUUCUGAGUCAACUGUUGAGUCAGAAACUCAAGCCUACACAGGAGAACAAUCCAUUAAAAAGAUGGUUCCAGAAGGCCAAGUACUUUUUAUUGGAUAACUGGCAGAGAGUUUGGGUUAUGGCGUUGUGGCUUGGAAUUGUAGCUGGUUUAUUUACUUACAAGUUUAUACAGUAUAAGAAUAAGGCCGUAUACGAUAUAAUGGGAUAUUGCGUUUGUGUUGCCAAAGGAGGGGCAGAGACUCUAAAAUUCAAUAUGGCCUUGAUUUUACUACCAGUCUGCCGGAACACUAUUACUUGGCUCAGAAACAAGACCAAGCUGGGAGUAGCUGUGCCUUUCGAUGACAAUCUGAAUUUCCAUAAGGUGAUUGCAGUUGGAAUUGCGGUUGGGAUUGGACUGCAUGCAGGCGCUCACUUAACAUGUGAUUUUCCCAGGCUUCUUCAUGCGACUGAAGAGGAAUACGAGCCUAUGAAACCUUACUUUGGGGAUGACCAACCUCCAAACUACUGGUGGUUUCUGAAAGGCGUGGAGGGUAUCACCGGCAUUGUAAUGGUGGUGCUAAUGGCUAUAGCAUUCACAUUGGCCACUCCUUGGUUUAGGCGUAACAAGCUUAACCUGCCUAAGCCCCUCAAGAAACUCACUGGCUUCAAUGCCUUCUGGUAUUCUCACCAUCUAUUCGUUAUCGUCUACACAUUACUCAUAAUCCAUGGCAUUUACCUCUACCUCACAAAAAAAUGGUAUCAGAAGACGACAUGGAUGUAUCUGGCAGUCCCAAUAAUCCUUUAUGCAUGUGAAAGGCUGAUUAGGGCUUUUAGAUCAAGCAUCAAGUCCGUUAAGAUUCUCAAGGUUGCUGUAUAUCCUGGAAAUGUCUUGGCAUUGCACAUGUCAAAGCCACAAGGCUUCAAGUACAAGAGUGGACAGUACAUGUUUGUCAAUUGCGCUGCCGUUUCUCCCUUCGAAUGGCAUCCAUUUUCUAUCACUUCAGCACCAGGAGAUGACUACCUUAGCGUGCACAUUCGAACACUGGGAGACUGGACGCGGCAACUCAAAACUGUUUUCUCCGAGGUUUGUCAGCCUCCACCUGCCGGCAAGAGCGGACUACUAAGGGCUGAGGGUAUGCAAGGAGGAAACAACCCCAGCUUCCCGAAGAUAUUGAUCGACGGUCCAUAUGGAGCUCCGGCUCAGGACUACAAGAAGUACGAUGUGGUGCUACUGGUAGGGCUUGGCAUUGGUGCCACACCCAUGAUCAGCAUUGUGAAGGACAUCAUAAACAACAUGAAGGAAGAAGAUGAUGAGGAGACAGCCUUAGAGGCCGGGAGAGCAGCUCAGGGUAAUAGUAAUAAUAAUAUUAGUAAGAAAGGGUUCAAGACGAGAAAAGCCUACUUCUAUUGGGUGACGAGGGAACAAGGUUCAUUCGAGUGGUUCAAAGGGAUAAUGAACGAGGUGGCUGAAAUGGACGAUAAGGGGCUGAUAGAGCUGCAUAACUACUGCACCAGCGUGUAUGAAGAAGGGGACGCCAGGUCAGCCCUUAUUGCAAUGCUCCAGUCGCUCCACCAUGCAAAGAACGGUGUGGAUGUUGUUUCUGGCACCCGAGUCAAAUCGCACUUUGCCAAGCCUAACUGGCGCCAAGUCUACAAGAAAAUCGCUCUCCAGCAUCCAAAUGGAAGAAUCGGAGUUUUCUAUUGUGGGGCACCCGCACUAACGAAGGAGCUAAGGCAACUGGCUUUGGACUUCUCUCACAGAACCUCCACUAAGUUCGAUUUUCAUAAAGAGAACUUUUGAGGGACACCCUUGUACAUACGCAUAGCAAAUAGCAAAUAGCACAAUAAACUAGAAGAAGCUUCAUGACUCCCGAGUGGUAUACAGCGUCAUCAGCAAUUGUUCGUUAAUUAAUUUUUGUUUCUUUGUUUAUGUCCAUAUUACCAAGUGGAUAAGCAUCCUUUAAAUUAAAGAAAGAGAGGUGAUGAUAAUGAUAUAUUAACUCAUUUAUUUUGUUGUAUUCGUUAAAAAACUUAAGCUUAAACAGCCUAAAAUUGAUCAUUCAUGUCAUAUAUACUUA